GCCAGCUGCUUCCACCUGCGGCAGACGGCCCGGCAGCGCAGAAGAGUGGCCGGAGUCAAGAAAGUCAGAGCAUGCAGCAGCACUUCGUCCGGCAGCGCCGAGAACUCCAUUCUUCGGGCAGAAAUUAGACGUCCCAUCCUACGGAGAGAUCAGCGCCGAACUGGAAAGAAGUGCUACGUAACUCUGACACUGGAAGUUCCUGGUGCUCCUGUGACAUUUCUUCGCGAGCUCACUGUUUCCGGGAAUCUCGUCUACUCGUCAUUGGAGCCAUCUGCAGAAUGGCCGAGCUGCUAUUUCUCUCGGACGACACGCUGCUGGCCGUGCUAGCUUAUCUUCCCAUCAGGGAGCUCUUCAGCUUGCGGACGGUGUGUCGCCGCCUCCGCGACCUCUGUGUGAAGCGGGACCUUUGGAGACAUGCCCGAGUUGAAGGCAAAGGUUUGGUGCGUGCCGCACUGGCCCUGGCCCCUUGUCUGGGCCUCUUGGAUGUCGCCGUUGAGCCGCUGGGUGACAUUGCCUCCUUCGUGCGAAGCACGACCUUUCCAACACUGCAAGGGCGUAAUAACAAGGGCCUCAAUACAUUUGAUGACAUUCUUGUAAGGAAAAUUAGCCUUGAAGCUGUCAUCAAGUGA